AUGUUCAACAGUCAACCACAAUUUACCAUAAAAGCAGUGAAACAAAAAGCAUUUGACAAUUCCUGUCUUGUCGAAACGUUCAAGAUAAAAAGUGGAAACAUAGCAGAUUGUCUGGAGCACUGUCUAGAGAACUGUCGGUGUCAGUCGUUUCAAAUUUGUGGAAACACAAAAUGUCAACUGUGUUCAAGUCACAAGAAAGAGAACAGUCCAUUGCUUCAUGACAAAGAUGACUGCGUCUAUGCUACAUACGAAGUGCGACAUUUGACAGAAACGUUUCAGGUAAUCACAUGUAACUAGGUCAAUUUAAAAAGUAAAAAGUUAAAUUUGUCAUAUUUUUGAGAUAUUUCAACCGGGUAUUUCCUGUGUAAAUAUUUGCAUAUACAUCCAAUAUUUUGUAAUUAAAUAUUCACGAUUGUAACCAUAUUACACUUUAUUUUCUCAGAAACUGGACGACCAGUGUUUGGCAGGCAUAAGUUGUCCAAUGAAGUACAACUGUUGUCAACAAUCAGGUCUCUGUCCCGAGAACAAAACAUGUAAACCAAUCAACUCCCAAGAACAGCCCUGGAAACGUUUUACCUGCGAAUGCCGAGAUGGUUACCAUGGAGAAAAUUGUGACCAGCCAAUCAUGUCAUGCCAAGGAUAUGCCCAAGGUUCUCGGAUGUCGGGUAUGUAUAAGGUAGUAGGUCCUGACGGGACAGUGUAUGAAGUAUACUGUCAUUUUGAUCCUGAUGGUGCUUGGACUUUGGUGCAGUCUUACAGUUUUGCAAAUAGAUAUCUUGAUCAGUUCAAAAAUCUGUAGCUGAAGACCUUCCUAUCAGUGAAAAUGCUCUAACAUGGAACAGCUAUAGACUUAGGAAACCAAGAAUGGAAUCUAUAAAAGAUAAUUCAACUUUUCUGCAGUUCACCUGUGACUACGAGAAAUACCAUGAUAUAAAAAAAUCCGACUAUGUCCAAAUUCCGCUUGGAAAUAUUAAAAUGUGGGAAGAAGGAAGCGAAAAGGUUGUUGAUGUUCUUGACACCAACUGGUAUUAUCAUACAUCUUAUGUUACUAUUGGCAGUGGGCGUGGUAAAAUUGGAGAAUAUGAUUUAAGUGAUUGUCAAAUUAAGCUUUAUCGUGAUGGAAACUGGCCAUUGCAUGUCAAUAUUUACGAAACAAUUCCUACUUGUACGUUCAACAGUUGGCCUUAUUGUUCCGGCUCCACGCACAACUAUUUUAGCGGUUAUAAUCUUCCUCCUGACUGUGUUAGAAAAGUACAUCGUUGUGCACAGAAUAAUAACUCUACGACUCAGCUUUGGUUUGGCAUGGGUAAGGAUAACGCAGCACAAUCAUCUCCUUGA